AUGAGCAGCUUCGCUUGCCUUCAAAGCUCCCGCCGGGCCCUCUACCGGGUGUUUGUCGAGCGCGAAGCACUUCUCACACGACAAUCCCUCCCGAUCACACAACGGACACUACCCUUGUACCAGAAUCGCUUCUUCUCUGCAUCACCGUUUCAAUUGAAGGUCCGCCGGGAGAACCCUCGACAGCAAGAUCAAGAGCCAGAGCCUUUCGAAAACGAGGACAGAAGUUACGAUCGACGUUACACCACCAAGGAGGAGUUCGAAAAAUCUGGCCGCGAUCGUCUUCCGAAAGACCAUGAGAUCAAGGACCCAAAGAUCAUGGUUUUGGAUAAUGGCGUUUUUGAUGGACCCCUCCUGACCCGAAACGUUCUGAGCCGCCUCGCCGAUACAGAGUCACUCCGCAUGGUUACGCCCUACAUACGAGGUGACCCAAAGAACAACAAGGAAGUGCAGUAUGCCGUAUGCAAGAUUGUCAACAAGAGAGAAGAAUACGAACGCCAGCGUGAGCUCAACGAACGUCGUCGUGUAUCCAAGCAGACUUCAUCGAAGACAAAAGAACUUGAGAUGAGCUGGGCCAUUAGCGAUCACGAUCUGAAGAUUAAGACGAAACAACUGGUCGCAUUUCUCGAGAAGGGCAUGAAGGUUGAGAUCGUGUUGGGUUUCAAAAAGAAGGGACAGAAGAAGAGGACUUCAGAGGACACAGCGGAAGAAGUAUUCGCCAAGGUGAAGAAGCUGGUUGAGGAUCUUGGCUCGAGAGAGUAUAAACCGAAGGAUGGCCAAGUGGGACGGACCAUGAGAAUUCACCUAGAAGGGAUUUCCAAGAAGAAAGAACCGCAAAAGGAUGCAGAAGCACCUGUUGAUCAGGAAACGGUCCCUCAAGAGGAGACAGAGGCAGCUACAAAGGAUGCAACUAUUUAA